GUCGACGUGGGUUUGACGAGAGGCCACGAUCUCAUCGUCGUCGUCGUUGUUGUCGCUUUCGUCAUCGUCUUCUUACUCGUCUCUUCCGAUCGGCCAUCGUGGCGGCGCACGCGGCUACACAUCGCCGAUCGGUUUGGUGCGCGACGAAAGGGAGGCGAAGAGAGAGACAGAAACAGAGACACGUACAGUAUACCUUGCUCUUUCUCUCUCUUCUUCUCCUUCCAUCCCCCUCACCGACUAUUUCUGUCUUUCUCUGUCUCAACAUUCGCAUGUUCGUUCGCUUGACAACAUCGUUUCUUGCUGUCGCUGCUGUCCUUUCCAUCGGUGGUUCACGUGUCCGCGAAUACGUCGCGAAAUGCAUCUUCUCCCUGUGCUCACGACUGGUUUCUUGUUACCUGAGAGAGGCACGGUCACGGAACGAAAAGGGGAUGACCGCGACCGAGGAAACGAUCAACGAUGAACUUGCAGGCGGAGAAUGACAUAACACGGCAAGGGUAUCUAGCUUCGCGAUUCUUUCCGCUCCCGCGGUUUCUGCAAUUAUGAUAAAUAUUUUCAUGAAGGAGUUUAAUAAUCAGGCUUCCGUGUGAAUUUUACGUGUUGCUAAAAGAACAGGAACCAUAGACAUUGAAAGUUUAUUAAAAUAAUAUUCCUGUGGAGAAGAGGGUUCAUUGCUGGAUGAUAACUACAUGUUCCAGGAUGAACGCGACGACGACCUACCUUGGUGCAACGAGCACUUUAGCUGAAAUUAUGGGCCUCGAGUCACAGAUAAGAAUGGAUAAAACGGAAAACGCUCUGGACAAUGACCUUGAUAUUUCACCAGUCACCCUGUCGUCGGCGUGGUCCAGGGUAGCCAGACUCCUUUUGUUAGCGUCGAUGGCCGUUGGUGGCAGUGUUGGUAACGUCUUCAUGAUCUCAGCAGUGGUGGUUGAAGAUCAACUCAAGAAACGAGGGAAUGCAUUUCUCGUGAACGUUGCAUUGGCGGACCUAUUAGUAACGGGCCUCGUGAUACCAGUAUCGGUGAUUGUGAUUCUGGCAGGGCAUGAAGAGUCAUUGAACACAUGCCGAUUUGAAUGGACUCUUGAAGCCCUCUGCUUCCUGGUCACGGUGCUGACGUUGGCUACGAUAGCUGCCGAAAACUAUACUCGUCUGUGUCUACCACCAGAAAGAUAUGCCGUACUGACGCCGAGCCGGGUAACAACGACGAUCAUCUGUCUCUGGCUGAUAUCCGUUAUGGCAGUGGUCCUGCAAUCAUCCUUAGACGUAGGACCAGAUUUCUGCCGUCGACGAUUCAGCGGAGUAGCCAUGGAGCAAGUAAUCGGAGCCAUUCUUCUAGUAGGUUUGCCAACUUUAAUGACCACCUUUCUGUACAUCAAGCUGGUGAUUCGAGUCCGACAAGCUACAAGAGGCUCGUACAAGCCACCGGUCGCCUUUUCUUGGGACUACGAGCUGACCAAAGCAAACAUGUACAGCUGCGUGAUGUUCAUGAUCUUCUGGCUUCCAUUCGGUAGCGCCGUAUGCGUAAACUCGUUUCGCCCGAUAAGCGCCCGCGUUCUCUACAAUUUGGCCUGGUUCGCCCUAUCCAAGUCUUGCUUCAACAAUUUUCUCUACUGCGUGGCAGACCGUCACUUUCGCAGCGCUUACGUGAAGCUUUUCCAUUAUUGUUGCUGCAAGACCACGGUGAGUUUCUCGAGAAGAACACGCGGUGACGGCGGGCGAAAUACCAGCGACGUACGUCUGAGGGUUCACAUUAUCCAUUCCUAUACAAGUCCAGCUUCUUGCCGGUCCACCAGGGAGUUAGGCAGACCCAACGGACGUGACGUUUACGAGCUCUAAACUAAACACCGCGCUCGACGAUCGGGAUACUUGUGAAAGGUUACAUCCUCAUCGACGCAAACGAUCGCCGUCCAGUAGGAACUUGUUCGUCUUUCGUUUUUUCUUUCUUGACAGGCUGCCUCUUCCGACAUGCUUCCGCGAUCUUUUCUCGAUAUUAUUGCGUUAAUAUAGUCAAUUUUCAGUAUCCUGAGUACGUUGCUAUUUUUUGUAUUCGAACGUCGUUUCGAUGAGAUAAGAAUUCUUAAUGCUGGUUUCCGUAAAAACCAACAUUUCUGGACGCUGAAAGAUCAUUCGAACAGUCUUUGACGACACUUUCUCUUAAUCAAGAAUUUAUUCAACACUAAAUCUACCGACACUUCAUGUAUACCCAUUGCUACCAUGAUCGGUCAAAUGACCAGUCUUUCUUUUUCUCCUUUACGAGAAGUUUUACAAAAAAUAGUGUUUGGAAUUUAUUCCUAAGAUAUCUUUCUCUUUUAUGCCACCAACUUUUUCUCAAAUUUUACUCUCAAUGUGUAUGCAUAGUAUUUAUAACUUCCUGCAGAAAAUUUACAAAUUACGUAUAAAUUUUUUAAUUCUCAUCAGGUAGAAGAUAAAAUGUCCUUGAAAACGAAUUUUCCUUCAAGUCUAUACCGUAGUUAGUUCCAGAGAACAACUAUUAUUUACGAAGAAAUGCUGGCUAAUAAUUAUGCAAACAUCCUGUACACAAAUUUAAAUUCGUUCACGAUUAAAUAAUCAAUUUAUAAUCCACUUUCAUCGCACGCCAGUCGUCUAAUCGAUAGAAUUCACUGAAAUUUCUUUAGGUACAUAACGUCAAAGUAAAUAUCAAAAUAAACGUAGAAGAUGUUAUAAAUUCUAAUAGUUGAUAUAUUCAUUGGAUAGAAAAUGAGAUGCCCUUUAAAACGAGUGUGCAUUCAAGUCGAUAGCGUAAUUAGUUCCGGAGAUAAAAGGCUUCAAAGCGUUUGUUUACUUUUCAUUGUUUACGUCGCGAGGUCAAUGAACUUUCACUGCAGCCUUCGCAAGGUUGUUGACCGUACGU